CACUCGCCGUCAGUCAGUCAGUCAGUCGAGUUGAGUCAGUCAGUGCUGUUCGUUCAGCAGACAGUCUGCGGCAAGAGUAUAGUUUAUUGCAUGGCGACGGGACGGUGGUAAGUUCGAGUCUCAACCAUCCAUCGCGUAUUUUUAGGAGUGGGAGGGGUGUAUAGGUAAAUUUCAGUCCCAGCCGAACACUAGAGUUGGAAGCAUUCUAGUAGUGUUGCGUAGUCGAGCGAGAAAAGAAAGGCGACCAAUGUGAAGGCGCAGUGUAUUUGAGUGAUUUUGGCUAAUGAAGGAAGUUUUUGCAUAUUCGAUUCAAAGUGGCACUGUGUGAAAGGAAAAGACUGGGAGCUAUUUUUAUGAGGUCGUCGGGCCACCAGUGAUCGGGAAUGAGAGACAGUUCAAUUCCGGAUUCCGAGUGAACAUUUUGGAUAUCAGUGAGUGUGGUGGAGCUGUGAUUUUGAGAAAUAUUCUAGAAAAUAUUUGAAGGUAAAGAUGCCACAUACAAGGAUUAUCGAGUGAGAUUGCAUUGAAAUGGAGAAAAUAUCGAUUGAUUGACCGAUUAGUGAUAUUGAUUCAGACAAGGAGUCGUCAGUCAAAAUAUAAUCCCAUACAGUUUCUCAAUCGAAAAGUGAAAGAGCCCAAUGUGAUCUACUAAUGGAGCUGAAGAAAUAGUGAAACUACGAAAGAAGACAACGACUAAAACUGGCAGUAGGAGGAAGAAAUAGCAAUAGUGAAUAUUUUCCUCGUAAAACUGAGCAAAGGAAAAAAAAAACGAGAAAUAUCUAGGUGGUGCCGUAUGUAUGUGUGCAAGUCGCUAAUAGUGCCAACCAGUCACAGCAAUAGUCGGAGCGCCACAGCCGGAGGCAGUUUUGGGUCCAAAUUUACAAGUACUUGCCAGAUAGCUUGACAGCGAGCGAGAUAGUUCGAGUUUUUAGCAGAAAUAGUAGCACUGGUGGUGAGACGUGAGCCAGCAGUACGGGGCGACAUCUCGUCAGACGACGAAUGGAAUAGCCAGAGCAAAAUUACAAAAAAACAUUCAGCGAAUUCGAAAACUUAAAGAAUCUAAUUUCUGUCGGUGCAGCCAGACGUCCAGUGGAUAUAGGACCUAGCAUGAAAAAGAUCCAGCGACGGCGCUUGGCUCGACCAGGCUGGAUACCAUGAAGCACCGGCUCCUGCUGGACAGUGGCGCACCCAUCACUGGUACAACAACCAUGGACAUCCGUUGUUGCUGUUGCAGUGAGAGAGUGCAAACGGACCAUUUCCGUUUCGACAACAACAGGAAUAAUACCAACCGCUGCAGUGGCGGCAGAGUGUGCACAAUUAGUACCGGUGGUCAUAUUUCGAUCAGCAACGCUGUGGGUCUAUCACUCGAAAAGCCAGUGCAAGCCGGGCUCGUUUAAAUUGGGGAAGUGCGAAGAAUAUACGAGGAAAAUUGAAAUAAUAUGAAAAUAGUUGAUUCCAAGCCAAAAUAUAGUUUAGUGCAACUAAGAAGAAAGAAAAGAAGAAAGUAUAUUGUUGUAGUGUAUCCAAGAGUGUGUGAAAGCAAGAUAGGAAGAAUUGGCACGAGCAGUGGUGGUGUAAAAUAGUUUAUUUUUGUGAAAAUAGAAGAACCACACUACCCACCGAAUUAAAGAGGGCAAAGUGCGAGUUGAAGGUAUUGGAGUGGCGUGUGUUUGCGCGCAAGCUGUGAACGGGCAAAAUAUUUGGAAUAAAUAACGUUUGGACGGCUGAAAGGGCACAAAUAAGCCAUCAAAAUGACCGAUCAAAAGAAAGGCCUUGCGGGGCUUAGCUUGUCCAGCUUGUCAGUGAUCUCAGCGUCGAACCGGCUCCGCGAGCUCGAGUCGCUCAUCAUCGACAAUGUCACCUCGAACAACAACCUGAACAGCGCCGGCAUGUCGUCAGAGAAAUUCCUCUCGAUCGAAACGCUGCUCGACUGCAUGCUGGUGCUAUACGACGAGUGCUGCAAUUCGUCCCUUCGGCGGGAGAAAACUGUCUCCGAUUUUAUCGAGAUGAUCCGCUCGGUGGUGCAGUGCAUCAAGCAGUUGCGCCUCUCGCGGGAGGACUUCGAGGUGCUCAAGGUCAUUGGCCGCGGGGCAUUCGGCGAGGUAUGCGUCGUGCGGAUGAAUCACACUAGUCAGAUUUACGCGAUGAAGAUUCUGAACAAAUGGGAAAUGCUAAAGCGUGCUGAAACGGCGUGCUUUCGUGAGGAACGCGAUGUGCUGGUGUUUGGUGAUCGGAGAUGGAUCACUAACCUGCAUUAUGCGUUUCAAGAUGAUAUCAAUCUGUAUCUUGUGAUGGACUACUACUGUGGUGGUGAUUUGCUCACGUUGUUGAGUAAAUUUGAGGAUCGACUCCCGGAGGACAUGGCCCGGUUUUACAUCACCGAAAUGGUACUCGCCAUAAACAGUAUCCACGAGUUGAAAUACGUUCAUCGAGAUAUCAAACCCGAUAAUAUCGUUCUGGAUGCCAGUGGGCAUGUGCGGUUGGCAGAUUUUGGGUCAUGCUUGAAACUGGGACCUCAGGGUACGGUGCAAUCUAAUGUGGCCGUGGGAACACCGGAUUAUAUAUCGCCGGAGAUUCUACGCGCGAUGGAGGACGGUCAGGGUAAAUAUGGCCCUGAAUGUGAUUGGUGGUCGUUAGGAGUUUGCAUGUAUGAAAUGUUGUUCGGCGAAACACCUUUCUACGCGGAAAGUUUAGUGGAAACUUAUGGAAAAAUUAUGAAUCACAAAAACUGCUUCGAUUUCCCUAACGACGACGAGGAGUUCCAAGUUAGUGAUAAUGCAAAGGAUUUAAUCAAAAGAUUAAUUUGCUCACCAGACUACCGAUUAGGUCAGAACGGUAUCGAUGAUUUCAAAUCGCAUCCGUGGUUCGAAGGAAUCGACUGGGAUACGAUACGAAACGGCCAGGCGCCGUAUAUACCUGAGGUUUCUAGUCCAACCGAUACGUCCAAUUUUGAUGUGGACGACACGGACAUAAAACUGUCCGAUGCGGUGCCUCCAACGACAAAUCCCGCCUUCUCAGGGCACCACCUGCCUUUCAUUGGGUUUACGUUCACCAAGGACAGCAGUAUAUCGGAUGUGGGGAAACUGUCACGUGCCAUUAGCAACUUAACCAAUAGUCAAUUACAACAACCGUUAGCUCCGCUCAAGUUAGAUGGUAAUCAACAACGUUCUGAAGAGAAACGUCUCAGUCCGGACAGCACACGGAAGCUGCAGGAUGAAAUCAACAUUCUGACCAAGCGGAAUUGUGAGUUGGAAAGUCAAAUUAAAAGUUUCGAGCGGCAAGAAUUCGCCGUCCGAAGUAGUGGUAACUCUUCCCUGGGAGAUACGGUCGAUGGCCAGUUAGAUGCUAAGUUGAAGGAGUAUGAGAAAAUCAACCGCCAACUACGGCAAGAGAAAGAAGAUCUGCAGAAGGAGCAUGCAGACGCACUUGAAAGACUGAAACUACAAGAUAAGGAACUGAAGGACGCUCUCAGCCAGCGAAAGUUGGCGAUGGCUGAAUACACCGAAGUAACUGACAAGCUAUCGGAUUUGAGACAGCAAAAGCAGAAAUUAUCUCGUCAAGUACGCGAUAAAGAAGAGGAAGUUGAAGUUGCGAUGCAGAAAGUCGAUACUCUUCGAAGUGAGCUGCGAAAAACAGAUAAGUCUCGAAGAGAAAUGGAAGCGAGAAUGCAAGACAUAUUGUCAGAAGUUACCAGAGAACGGCAGCUGCGAGAGAGAUCGGAAGACUAUUGCAGACAGUUGCAAGCCGAAAGAAGUAGAAGUUCGUCCGAUUUGGGUUCAUCUACGUCGCUAGGAAUCUCAUCAUCCGACUCGAUUCGGUUAGAAAUCGAUCGAUUAGAGGUGGAAUACAGUGAAAAGAUCAACCUGCAACAAUCGCGAUACAAUGCGGAGAUCUCGGCGCUAAGAGACCAGCUUACUGAAGCCGAUAACCUUCGUGAGAUGCUACAAAUCGAGUUGCAGCAGGCUCGUGAUAAGCUGGACUCGACGCGACUAGAAUCCCUCACUGAUUCAGAGGAGACCAUCAUGGAACUGCGCAAGCGGCACGAACGCGAGAAGAAGAUCCUACUGGAUGAUAACCGUAAGCUGAGCGCGGAUAGGGAGAUACUCAGCGAACAAAAUCGACGUCUACAAAACGAUCGACUGCAAAUGGAAAGCGAUUAUGAGGAAUUGAGGAAUAAACGCCAAGCAUUCAGUCAGUGGGAACGACAGAUUUCGGAGAUCAUUCAGUGGGUUUCGGACGAAAAAGAUGCUCGCGGUUACCUGCAAGCGUUGGCUACCAAGAUGACCGAAGAAUUGGAGUUCCUUAAACACUCCGGUUCACUCAAUCACAACUCCAGUGACAAGAAUUGGCGCAACCGUCGGUCGCAGAAGCUGGACAAAAUGGAACUGCUCAAUCUGCAGAGUUCGUUGCAGAACGAAAUUCAAGCCAAGGCCCUCAUCUCGGAGGAGCUGACACGAACCCGAACGGAUUUGGUUGCUGCACAAAAGGACCUUCGAGAGGCGCGCCAAAUUUGCGAGUCGUUCAAUAAUGAAUUGAAACGCAAGGAAGGUCAAAUCAAGGAACUCCAACAGCGACUGGAAACGAACGAAGGAUUCUUGGAGAGACCUUCGUCACAGAUGUCCUAUCUGGACCAUUUCCUGAAAGAAUCGCGCGAUGGUUCCGGUUCGACAACGCACACCAACUCAACCCUAGCAGUGAAUAUGCCGUCCCAGCAGAUCAGUCAGCACGUGACAUCUACUAGUUCAUCGUCGAACAAUCUUACCAACACGCCGAUGAACCAGCAUAACCAGAGCCUUUCGUCGCUGCAUCAACAGUUGCAGCAUCAGCAGGUGCAACAACAACAGCAGCAACAUCUUCAGCAGCAAUCGCAUACUUAUGGUAAUCAACAGCAGCAGCAACAACAGCAAGGGCAUCAAAUGCACCACUCCAACUACUCGAUGGAGAGUGAGGAAGGUGAUGUCGAGGAUAAUCGAGGCCAUUCGCUGUCCAGCUCUAAGAGCAACCUGAGCGAUCAUUCGCUGAGCAUGCACAGCGUGAUGAUGCCAAAGCAGAAAGUGCACCAGUUCCUGGUGCGCACGUUCUCUAGUCCCACCAAGUGCAACCACUGCACCUCGCUCAUGGUCGGUCUCACCCGGCAGGGCGUGGUGUGCGAACUGUGCGGUUUCGCCUGCCACAUGAUCUGCUGCCAGAAGGUACCCACGCAGUGUCCCGUUCCGUCCGAUCAGACCAAACGGCCGCUCGGAAUCGAUCCGACCCGUGGCAUCGGCACGGCCUACGAGGGCUACGUCAAGGUACCUAAGCUGGGAGCCGUCAAGCGUGGCUGGGUGCGCCAGUUUGUCGUUGUUUGUGAUUUUAAGCUGUUUCUGUACGACAUCUCAGCGGACCGUAGUGCAUUACCAAGUGUUCACGUUACUCAGGUAUUAGAUAUGCGUGAUCCAGAAUUCAAUGUGUCAGGAGUUCGGGAGAGCGACGUUAUUCACGCAGCUAAAAAAGACGUUCCUUGUAUCUUUAAGAUAACAACCUCCCUAAUGGACGGCGGCCCUUCGCUUCAAACGCUCAUGUUGGCGGAUACUGAAUCCGAAAAGGCAAAGUGGGUGGUAGCCCUGAGCGAACUACAUCGAAUAUUGAAACGAAACAACCUACCAAAUACGGCCAUUUUCCGCGUGAAAGAGGUGUUGGAUAGCUCCCUAUCAGCAAUUCGCAGCGCACUGAGUGCGCUCAUAAUUGACCCGGAUCGGAUUCUGCUGGGUACGGAAGACGGUCUAUUCUGUCUGGAUUUGGAUCGCAGUGAGAUCGCCCGGAUAGGUGAAAGUAAAAAGGUCUAUCAGUUGUGGUACAUUGCGGAAGAGCAACUGCUAGUGAUUCUGUGUGGCAAACAGCGACAUUUGAGGCUUUUGCCGAUCCGAGCGUUGGAAGCAACGGACGUGGAAUGGAUCAAGGUAGCGGAAUCCAAGAACUGCAUAACAGCAUGUACGGGGAUAAUCGAACGUGGACCGCAACCGGUGUUCUGUAUUGUGAUCGCCUUGAAGCGACAGAAUACUUCGCAGAUUGUGGUGUACGUGGUGAAUCGAAAUAGAAGUCGACAUCAUAAGAUGUGUGAAUUUACCGUUGCUUACCCGGUGCAGAGUCUGCAGAUGCUGUCCGAUCUUAGAUUAGCGAUAGGUCAUCAGAGUGGUUUUACGGCGUACUGCCUACAAGGAGAGGCCCAAGCAAUGCCUCUAGUACAUCCGGAGAACCAACUAAAUAAUUUCCUGGCGUAUUCCGGAGUGGAUGCAUGGCGAGUUAUUGAAAUCCAAUCAGGGCAAGGAUCAAGCGCCCAUGGAGAAUAUUUGCUGGUGUUCCAAACUUUAGCCAUUUAUGUGGAUUUGCAAGGUCGCAAAUCUCGUGAUCGGGAAAUUAUGUACCCUGCUGUACCUACCCAUAUAACCUAUUGUGAUGGUCAUUUGCUAGUCUACUCGGAAACGCAUCUCGAUAUCUUCAACGCGCAAACUGCCGACUGGGUACAAUCGAUUGGGUUGAAGCGUUCUCGCCCGCUGAUGAACAACGGUAGUCUUUCGCUGACUACAUUGAACGACGCGGCGCAUGUCAUCUACCUGGCAAACAUGCACACACGAGAGCUUCUCAAUUUAUCGCCCUGCGAUCGUGAUGGAAGACUCAAAUCGAAAAGAUUUUCCUUACGUAACGAAGGCAGCCGUACGAUACGAACAAGCACCGAUCGCCGUUCGAAGCUGAUUUCAGCUCCGACAAACUUCAACCACAUAUCGCACAUGGGUCCCGGAGAUGGCAUCCAAAAACAGCGGCUGCUUGACCUCCCCACGACGAUAGAAACGGCAGAUCAGAACAACCAACAUCGACUCUCAACGAUGCGACACGCACCGCCUCCACCCCGAGCACCGCCCCGCCCGAUGAUCCAUCCCCACAAUGAAGGUUCCAAUAAUUCGUUCCCAGGUGCUAAACGGGCAGCCCCUGCUCGGCCACGGGAUCAACCACCCUCGUUACCAAGAUCGCCUAGUCCCCUUGGAAGCAUGUCUUCACUUCAGGAUGUUUUGAAGGUUGCCGACAUGCAGUCCGAGUCGCGGCAAAGUGUUGCCAGCAACAAUUCCAGCUCGGUUUCAACGCCCCCAUCGCCAACCAACGAUCGUCUCAGCUCCAGCUACGAUUCCUAGUGGUAAAAAUGGGGCUCACGUCGAUGAGCGCAAACGCAGAAGCACACGACUGGUGAACUAGUCAGUUUCCGCCAGUCGUUCGCUUCUAUGUUUAGAGUGUCACGUAAAUGUUAAAGUUUACACCAACAAGUCUCCUAAUCUCUAUUACGAAACAAAACACAUUACACUAAAUACUCGUAGCAUGUCAUACAUCGCUUUUGAUUUUAGAGUUUCUUAUUUAUUUUAAAACUUUUCUAGCUUUUUAUUUCUAAGAUCUAUUCAAUUUAUUGGAUUUUAGUGCAAAAGCGAGCUUUGAAAACUAAUUGAUCUCUUCGAUGAUACAAACCGAAAUCUUACUGAAAUUCUCUAAAGACAAAUACUAUUUAUGAAACGGUUGUGUUACUUUGAAAACGGACGCAAUCAAAGUCCUCAUCUCUGCAAUAACUCUUAAAAGUACUAACUAUUACCUACUACUAUUAACAAUUACUAUAACUAAUUAGAACACAAAAAUCAAAUUCUGCCAUCUGCGAGGAAAUGGGGAUAGCGUUGUGCAAUAUCAGUAAGUAGGCAUACGAACGUGGAAAUUGCGCCGUAGCAAGGAUUGAGUAUUCAUAUAGAAGGAAACCAUUAUACAUUUCAACGAUAGAAUAGAGUAAACAGUUUUAGAGACAUCUCCUAACACAGCAACUAAAUUGUCUUUUUAAACAUUUCAACUGCAGCAGAAAAUGAAACAUAAUCAAAUGAGUAACACCUAAAACAACGAGUUCAUAACAACAAACACUAACUAUGAAUGCGAUAAUUCCUGAUACAUCAUAACCUACACAUCUCAUUCUUCUGGUAGCACGUAAAUGAAAACCAUUUAGCAAAUAGACCUGUUGAUCAUAUAUCUCUUCUCCAGUGGACAUCUAGUGAGGAUUUUUGCUUGUUUGUGUAUUGAUCGUUUGUUCGGCAAGACAAUUUGCGUCAAUGAAGCAGGACGAGAAGAGGAAUUUAAACAAGAUAAAAUGUUUGCCAGGCUGCUGAAAGGACGAAAUUGGCAGUAUUCAUCUCUUUAGAAAGCAAUUUGGUGGCGUUAGCGGUGGGUACUACUAAAAGAUAAGCCAUUGUAGAUUGAUCAUCGUUCUUAAAAUCUAAUGCAUGUUGUCCGUACUAAAUGCAGAUGAGUUAAUGCAUCGUCAAUACGUUCAAUUUGCGCUAAACAUGUGGAACUAACCACUCGUCAAUAUUCGGAAUGAAACGCAGAAUCAAAUUUAUUGCUACCUUUAGAGACACAAAAUCUAUUAUCUUACAAGAUAAGGAACUAACUGAUACAAGCUUGAGCAGGUUUAGCCAUUCGGCUUCUUGGCCAUGUGAAGUUGAGUGAACGAAAAUAACGUUGAAAAGAUAAAAAAAACUGAAGACAAUAUUUAGUAUUUCCGAUACAGAUUUACUGUAUUUGUUAAUAUUAUAUACACAGAAAAGAAGAGAAGGACGCAUAGGAAAAAAUAAAUUAAAACUCUAAUAAAAACAACUGAAAACCAUGUAAAAAGAUUACUAAUGCAUUAAGUACACAUAAUUAACUUAAAUUCCAUUGAAAUUUCGUUGUAAAAAGAAUCACACAUUUUACCACUGUACAAAAAAACUCACAAUUUAAAACGCAAACGGAUCUAAGUUUAUGUCUAGGAAAGCGUAAGUUACUUUAUCUGAACUAAGUUGUGCUUCGGUGGCCCCCGCCUCCGAUCAGUGUCAGAUAUUGACCGUGUCAAAAAAGUAUUUAUUUAUACCAUCACCACCUUAAUACUAAAUAAUUUAUUUGAAGUUAGCAAAUCUUUUUCAUGUCAAUUCGAAACUUAUUUUUUUAGAACUUUACCGAUUCUGUGCUAAUUGCUGCAUUUUCUUAAGUUCAAAAAAACAUUCUACAAACGCUACUAUUAGCAAAGUCACCACCACCACAAUAAACGAGAACAGUCAAUAAGAUACCAAGUGACGUUUCGCUGAAAUUUGAGACAUGUUACAAUAAAAAAAUAAACCUCUCAUUUCGCAAAUGCGGCUGUCUAAUGGCACUUGCAAAUGUCGGUAUUGAUAACUGGAAGAACCGGUUAAGCUAUAAAGCGAGAACAACAAGAACGUGGAAACAUAUACUUCACUAAUAAAUAAGAUAAGCAGUAUGUAGAAUAUACCGAAAACUCUAGUGUUUUAUAAAAU